AUGGAGCGUGUGUUGGAAAAGCUUGACGGCGUGGAGAAGGCUCUCCACCGUUCGAAUGCUGCAUCGUCGUCGCGGUCCAUUCCGCCCUCUGGUCGCGUCGCUCCUCUUGCUGCUCUUCUGCCGCACAACCCCGUUGGUUCCCCGGCGCGCUCAGAUCGGCCGCUGCCUGCGGGAGGUGGAUUUGUUGGUGCUGCUGGCGGGGAUCCGUGGGCCCCGGAGUUAGGGCGCAACUACUUCACUGGGUCGUUCCCCUCACAGUUUGGUGCCCUGUCCAACCUCGAUUACCUGGAGGCAGGCAACAUGGGUCUGACAGGCGAGCUGCACUCGAGUCUGGGCAACCUGAAGUAUCUGCAGGCGCUCUAUGCGCGGGAGAACGCCCUCGAGGGCAGCAUCCCUGCCACUCUGGGUGGCCUCAGCCGCCUCACCAUCAUUCAGUUGGGCGGCAACAAGCUCACCGGCUCCAUCCCUGCCUCCUUCUCCAACCUCGUCAACUUGCAAGGCUUGUGCGUUGCUCCUGCUCCCUCUUCUCCUGCUCCCUCUUCUCCUCCCCUCUCUGCUCCUCGCCCAUCUUCCUUCGUUUCCUGUCUCUCUCGUCCCAUGAUUCACUCCAUAUUCUCGCAACAGGUGAUCAAGCACUUUGUUCUUCCUCUCGAUUACUUCCCUAACGUUCCCCCACCCUCCUUAACCUCCAUCCCUCCUCACCCUUCCCCAUCUUCCCCCCUCCCCACCCUUCCCCAUCUCCCCCUCCCCACCCUUCCCCAUCUCCCCCUUCCCACCCUUUCCCACCUUCCCCUCCCCCAUGCCCCAACGUCCGCUCGCCUGACUGCUAUCACACUGACUCACUUGCUUCCUCGCAUGCAGCUACAUGUGGCAGAAUCAGCUGAAUGGGACUAUGGAUGUUCUCACCAGCUGCACCGCCCUGCAGCAACUGUGAGUCCCGUUGCCAUUGCCACCCAUGCUUCAACCCAUGCUGCCACCCAUGCUGCCUUACCUGUGAGCUAUGCCGUCAAUAAGGACGAGCAACAAGCCGCCUUCUCUCUCACUGCCCAUGCGUGCACCCCUUUCUCCCACAGAGCCAUUCAGUACAACCAGUUCACGGGAUCCGUUCCCCCAUCUGCUGCAUCCAUGCCCUCACUGCACGUGCCUGUAUGCCUGUUUGUCUUUCAAAGAUGCUGCGUCCUUGCUCUCGAUCUCCCUCCCAUCUCAUCCGCCACUUCCCGCACCCCUUUUCCACAAUGCCGUGUGUGUGUGUGUGUUGACGUGCCCCACCCAUCGUCUCCUCCUCCACCAUGCCAACGGUGCCGGCAAUGCUGCUCGUGGUGGUGCCACUCGCUCGCUGUGCAUCCACCGUCCAUCCAUCCUGUGUGCGGCACGGGCCAUGGCAGCAAUGUGUCUCAGAACAUGCUCACCGGCUACCUACCUGCCUCCAUGAUCGCCCUCACCAAGCUCGAAUUCCUAGAGUACACGCCGCAGGUCCCCCCAGGGCUGGUAACAUGUCCACCAAGUGAGAAGGUGCAGUGUGGAGCGAUGGAGGCAACGGGCAACAGCAUUAUCGUGCCGUACUGCACCAAGUGCUCUGAUUUCUGCAUCUUCUGCUUCCUGCAGAAUGUGGUCAAGUUCCCACCACCAGCACCACCAGUCAGCCCCCCUCCAGCAAUCUCCCCACCACCACCACUCCCUUCACCCCCACCACCCGCUCCCCCCAUCUCUCCUCCCCCUCGUUCACCAACACCCCCUCCUCCUUCCCCUCAGCCAUCUCCCCCCCCUCCUCCCCCUCCUACCUCGCCUCCCUUCGUUCCGUCGCCCCCUCCCCCGCCUCCUCCUUCCUCCUCGGGGCUAUCAGUGGGGGCCAUAGCGGGGAUUGCAGUGGCGGGUGUGUCCGUGCUCGCGCUGCUGCUUCUCGUGCCGCUGCUCUUCCUCCACUGGCGGAAGGCACCAAAGCCGUUCUCGCAGAUUGACAAUGAUGCUGCCGCUGCAGCUGCUGCCUCCGCCUCAGCCGCCGCUGCUGCUGCUGGUGCUGGUUCCUCAGGCAGUGCGAGUGUCUCCAGGGGACCAUCGGGGCAGGCAGCAGCGGCAGGGGCCGUGGGGGGGCCGGCAGAGUGUCAGCAGUACUGCCUGGACGUACUGGCAGCGGCAACAGCGGCAACGGGCAUGUGGGCAGAGGCCAACAAGAUUGUUCAAGUCUGCUCAACGCGCGCCUCAGAACUCCUCCGUUCACUCCUCUCAUACAACUACAACCCUCUGUCACACCCUUUCCUCUCCCCCUCCCUCCUUUCAGGCAGCGCGAGUGGCUCCAAGGGUCCCUCGGGGCCAGCACACGCAGCGGGCCCGGCGGUGUGUCGGCAGUACCGGCUGGACGUGCUGGCAGCGGCAACGGGCAUGUGGGCGGAGGCCAGCAAGAUCGGCAGCGGGGGGUUCGGAGAUGUGUACCGUGCUGAGGACCCCGCCGACCCCUCCACGCCCUGGGCUGUCAAGCGCUCCAAAGUGCUCACCAAUGACUUUCGCCGCGAGGUGGGCAGGCUGGGGUUUGGGUGGAGGGGUGCCAAGGUGGGAGGGUGA